CGGUCAUACUGAAAUAAACAUUUUUUGGCGCCGGCACUUUUUCGCAUUCAUUCCGAAAUAAAACAGAAACAAAAGAAACAGAAAAAUGCGACCAGGAACAGAACCCGAUCACACUAUCCAACUUAGCGAAGCCAUCUACUGUUAUGAAAUCUGUACAAAUGACUUUGCGUACAAUCUUAUUGCAGUGGCACUCAAAAAAAGCUUGAGUUUGAUACUCGUGGGAUUGCCGGAGGAGAGCGGCGAGUUCGGUUACAAUCAUCUGCAGGACUUGGAUAUCGGCGAUAAAGAUCACCGGAGCGUCAGUGCCUUGGCGUUUUCUCCGGACACUUCACUAAACUGCACGCCUAACAAUGUAAUGUUAUGUGCUGCCCAGGGCAACCUUCUGAGUAUAAUGCGAACUGAUCUGGGCCAGUUCAAUACGGUUCAGUUGCUCCGUGGUCAUGGAGACUAUGUGAACGACGUUUCCUGGGUUUGCGAGGGCGAGCUCUUGGCCUCGGUAAGCGAUGACUUUACCUGCCGAUUUUGGACCAUAACAGGAGCUGGGGAAAACGUAAUAACUUUCGGCCUGUCAUCCGCCGGGAUGUCCAUCAAAAGUCACCCUGAUGAUCCCCACAAGGUGCUGGUAGCAGAGAAAAGAGGCAUCAUCCAUCUGUACAACGUGAGAAGCAAGCAGACGGUCAUCUCCGUGGAGUCUCCCAAAUUUCCCCUCAUGUCCGCAGAUUGGGCCCAAAGCAACAAGCUAUUUAUCACCUCUUUGGCCGGCGGAGAUGUGAUCACCUGGGAUUUGAACAGACCCUUUGUGCCCGCCGAUGUCAAGCAGGUCCAUGAGGACUGCGGCCGAGUCGUUCGAUUUGCACCGGGGAGCUCAGAGAUGGUCAUUGCCAUGAUCAUUGGCCUUACUCUUAAGGUGUUUGCAGCCAAGUCCACGGUUCCAUUACUUGAGGCAUCCCUGAAAACCUUCGGUGGAAUGGCUUGGCACCAGCGAUUGCCGUACAUCAGCGCGGUCUCUGAUAGGAAACUACUCUUUUGGAAGGUGCAAAUGAAUUAAAGCUUGUAACACAAUAAGAAUAAAAAAAACUCGUUAUGUAUUUAUUAAAAAAUUUAAAAA